AUGGAUAAUUUGAAGGUGGUUGUUACUCUCAUUAAGAAAAUGAUAAGAAUUCUCAUAUUAUAUACGUUAAUAAUUCUAUUAGCAGUCACUAAACAAUCAUUUGCAAUGUUUAAUUAUUACAAGCAGUUAUCCGAAAAACAAGCUGAGUUACUUCAUUUUAAUUCGAAUAUGCUAUAUAAUCUUGAGAUUAAAAUUGGAUAUCCACCUGACACUAAGCACUGCAAUGGACCACAAAUUACGAUUUUCGACAAUCAGUGGAGAUAUGCAUGUAAAUUUCAGCUUGAUAAAAAGAAACAAAUAUGGAAGGCAGAGUCAUACAUUCAAAGUCAAACUCAAUACCUGUCAAAUGAGCAAUAUUAUCUACAUCGAUUUAUUUGGCUAUUUAGUAUUAAUCAUUGGAGAAUUAAAGUAAAAUGGAAUGGUGGAAAAGCAACAUUUUUUCAUAAUUAUGGUAAAUUUGGACACGAAAUUUGUGCAAAUCCUUCUACUGGAAAGAAGCUUGCAAUUCUGAUAGUUCAGGAAAGCUGUGAACUUGAACGCGUAUUAGUUGCAGAAUAUUUAAUCAGACAGCCUGAUAAAAAUGAACUCCAACAUGCAGCAAACGCUGAGGAAUCGAUGACUACAAUAAAUAAACUUAACAACAUGACAGACCUUAUUUAUGCAAUACUCGUACCAGGAGCUGUUCUCGCCAUAGUAAUCAGUACUGUAAUGAUGACAGUUGAGAUUAGAAUAUAUGCAUUAUAUCAAACGGCGAAAAGUAGGCCUAUUCAACUUGUCAUAACUCGAGACUUCAUGAAAGACAUCCAUAUACAGCGAGAAAGACAAAAAGGUUGA